UGUGGGAAAGCAUUGCUUUACUGCUGUAAUAAAGGGGUUGUUGGGUUGCUCUGGUAUAGAAGAGGUCAUGCUGUGUUAUACUGGAUUCUUCAGAGUUUUGAAUUGACUUCUAGAUGGUCCAGCUAGCAUCUUGUCCUGGUGGGAGACACUUUUUGGACUUCAUCCAUUCAGCCAGCUGCAUUGUCUGCAUUUUUUGGAGGAGAGUGAUCUGUGAUCAAGAAGGCUGCUGUGUGUUCGGUGAUGUUCGGCUCAGAGGUUCCGUCCUCUAGGGAUCAUAAUUUUGAUUUGUUUGCUUUGAAGAACUUUCACCCAUAUAGGAGGCAAGGAGAAUCCAAAAAGGCACUCCCAUCUUCUUCAACUUAAACAACUGGAUUGAAAAGAAAUGUAAGAAAGUAAUAAGUCUAUUUGUCAGCCCUAAAAGUCUGCAGUUCCUCUUCAGAAUAAGAGAAAUGCACCACCAACACUUGGUGCCACUUCUGUGUCUGCACUCAAGAUCCUGUUGGGCAAGCCGGAGAAGGGAUUAGUGUGCUAAAGCACCCAUUCUCCUUCCUGGACAGUUCUACUGGCGUGAUCAAAAUCAUACAGGCAAUUCUUUUCCUGAGCUGGAAUCAAAGGCUGAUGCCAACAGCAAAUCGAUGAAGUUCUGAACCUGGCUCUGGAAAAGCGAAGAAAGUAAGAAAAUGCUGCAGGCAACCUUACUGCAAGCAUGUCUCCAGUCUCAAGCCAACAGAGCUGGAUCACCUAGGGCGAAGCAAAAUUCUCACAGCUUUCUGAAGCCCAAGUCAGACUCCAGAGAAGGCUACGGCUGCUCAGGAAGGCUGCAAGGAAAGGAGAAAGAAAGCAGCCCAAGACUCCUGCAAGUUGCGAAGAGUUUCCCCGCAAAUCCAAAAGAACAAGAGAUGAAAGAGUCACCAAGUGAGGAUGUUCUGGGAGGAUCCUGGAGAGCCAAUGGAGAAGUGCUGCCAUCCAGCAGAGGCAGCGGUGGUUUGGCCAAGGGUGGGUGUCCAGUGACAAGGGACCCUUCAAGCUCUGCUUCUGAAUUGCUGACUUCUGGCUUGAGCAACAAGGGUGACCAGAGUCAAGAAUGGAAAGUCGUGAAAGUGAAAAGAGUCCUUAUUUCUCCUGUUGGCGAACCUGGGAAACCAAAUAUUUCACGAAGCGCAAGUCUUUCUGAAAAAGAGUUGAAGGAAGCAAAAGCCAGAAGCCAGAGAAUUGCCGCCCAGCUGACAACCCCACCCAACACCAACUCAAAAGGGGUCCUGCUGUUCCACAGGCGCAAGCAGCGAGUGAAUGCAUUUACUUUAGAGACCCCCAAGCCAGCCAGCACAGAACAAACAGCUAGAGAGAACGGCCCUCAAGCUGCUGCUUGCCACAGCAUUCCAAGCCAUGGGAAAGAGUCCUGUUUGAAGCAGGCCUUCGGAGACAAUCAAGAGCUGAAAGGAUUAUCCGGUGCCAAGGAUUCCAGACGGUGGGUGCCAAAGAGUCCCAUGGAAAAAUACAAGGAGAACCUAGCUGUGGAUAAUGCACAGGGCCUUCCCACAAUGACAACAUUAUCUUCUACAGAGAAUUCCGCUGAGGAGUUUGAACAAAUGCCUCUCAGUGUGUACCUAAAGGAAACAACAGGGACAGCCUCAACCAAUGGAGUGCAUGAGUGUACCACCAAUAAGUUUGAAAAUGCACCUGUUCACGAACAGGUAUCAGUUUUUGAUAAUAUAGAAAACAUGCCGCCUUUGGUGGAUGACACACCUGUUGCUGACAGGGAGAAUAACAGCAAUGUUCUUGAAAAGGAGCCACACCUGCUGGAAGCAGACAGAGUAAAUAAUAUUCUUGAAAAAGAGCCAUGUUUACUAGGUAUUGGCAGUGAGAAUAAUAAUAACAUCCCCAUCAAGGAGCCGUACAUACCUCUUAUUGAUAGGGAAAAUAAUUUUAUUCUUGACAAGGCACUGAGUGAACCCAUUGUUGACAGGAGGGAGAAUGGAGAAGUUCUCGGCAAGGAGACAGAUUUGCUCCUGCCAGAAAACAAGAACCUUUCCACUACUUCUGACACUGAGAAACCUGCUCUUGUCAAGGAUGUACAGCCUAAUGAAAUCAUGACGCAUUCUGCCGACAAGCACUACUGUGAGGUACGCUUGACCUUGUCUAAGCCAAAGCCUGUGAAAAACCGAACAGCGAGACCCUUUGGGACUCAGUCAUCAAGGACAAGCCAAACACCACCAGCAGCAAACAAAAGCCCCGUGGUAGAGUUUCCUCCACCACCCACUUACGCAGAAACCUUUUCCAGCCCUCCUCCAGUAACUAGGGUCAGGUCACCACCUGCCUACUCCGCGCUGUAUCCUAGUGAAGAACAGAAGGACCCUGUUCCUCAGGCCCCUCUUGUGGAAGCCUCUGUACCACAACCUCCAGUCCCACAAGCUGCUGUUCUGCACGUCCCCAUUCCACAAGCCUCUCUUCCAGAAGUCUCUCUUCAACACACCAAGAGGGAAGAGAGCAGACCAGGAUCCCUGCCUGAGGAGAGCAGAGAAAGUCCUCCAACCAAAACAGGCAUCCUGGAGGAGUCUGCAGCCCGCCGAGCAGCCAAGAAGUCCAUGUUCACUUUUGUGGAGAAGCCCAAAGUGGCUCCCAAUCCAGACCUCUUAAAUUUAGUGCAGAGAGCAGAUAAUUGGAAAAAGCAAAGAGGGCAAAGAGGAGCCAUUCCUGAGGAUGAGCCGUUUGUUUUGGGAGCAGAGGCCUCUAACUUCCUCUCUGAAAGUAGAUCCAUAGAAGAGCCCACCCAGGCUCCUGCUGAUAGUGCACCUGAGUGGUCAUCAUGUUUAAGGUCACCGAGAAUACAGCCCAAGCCUAAGAUCCGUUCAAACCAAAGUCUGUCAGAAGCAAGAGGGAAAGGAGCCGAACUGUUUGCCAAAAGGCAGUCGAGGAUGCAGAAGUACAUAAUUGAGUCCCCAUCACAUCCAGACACAGCCAGGUCACCUUCACCGACAAUGUCCCUUCCUCCAUCCUGGAAAUAUGCUUCCGAAACUCAUCUCUCCGCCAUGUCAUUCCAGCCUCCACCCAGAAGUCCAGCUAGAUCUCCCAAAGCUCCUCAUGUACCUCUGUACAAUAGCAGCAUGUCGGAGGGUGAGGUUUCUAAAAAGGAGCUGGAAGUCUCCAAGCAGCAGCCAUAUCAACUCCAGCCUUCUUUAUUCAUCCUUUCCCCAGUGAAAGAUCCAGUGGGAUCUCUACCCAAAGCAGCACCACCCCCAAAGGCUACGGUUCCUGAACCCGGUUAUAUGAGGCAAGCUUCUUGCCCGACAUCUCCCUUGCUGCCUUCUCCUGUUUUUCAUCCACCUGUCCAGUCCAGUCCAAGCACAUCUUUGCCUGGUCUUUUCCCCUCGCCAUCUGGAACGAUGCUUGUACCUCAGAAUGUGAGAACAAGUGUUGAAGCAUCUCCGGAGUCAACUUUUGAAUACUCUUCUAGAAUCCUGUCACCAAGAGCUAAAGGAGUCUUCCAAGCUCCAAGGCCGUCCUAUUCCACCAAGAAUGCAGGAAUUGAGCCGCAGGAAAGAAAGGCGUCCCUGCCUGCUUCCCCGACGUGGACUCCACGCCUGCUGCGACGACAGCCUAGCAGCUUAGAUGGCUGGGUGAGCCCGGCCCCAACACCAGAGCCUGAGGAAGGGCUUGCAGAUGCCUUCCGGGCAGCCAGUGUCCUGACUCCGCCUCCCCCCAUGUCUCCAUCUUGGAGCGAAAGAUCUCUGUCCCCAUUUCGGCAGGAAACGGAUCCCAAGUCCAGCCGGCAGAUGCAAGCUCUGCUGGCCAGAAACAUCAUCAACGCUGCCCGGAGGAAGAGCUCUUCUCCCAAAGCAACAGGGGCAGAGACCUUCAGGCCCUUCACUCCCCCUGUGACAUCAGCCAAUGCGUCAUCAUCCUCUGGAGGCAGCCCUAAGAGCGUCGGCAACCCUUCCCCAAGCCCACUGCAAUCUCCCCGACCAAUGAGAAUGGAUGGGUUCAGGCGUGUCUCUCUCCCAACAGCAAUGCCACCAGUCAGUGCAUCCUCAAACAACAGUCCCAGGUUGCUAGGCAGCCAGUCCCCAACGUACAAAAGCCCACUACAAUCCCCAAAAGCAGGGCGGAUGAAUGGGAGCAAGUACUUCACACUGCCUGCUAACACUGGGGCUUCGCUCUUCGGUGCAGGAACUUCAGUCAUGGUGCCAUCCCAUAACGGCCCAAGGACAACGGGCCCCCAUUCUGUAGCCCAGAGGGAUCCAGUGCAGUCUCCAAAACACACAAUCAUGGAUAGUCACAGGAUCUUCACGCCACCAGCAGGUCCAAGCAGGAAAUCAUCAUGUACUAGUCCAAAGAAUCUGGGCACCUGCUCCCCAACCAUGAAGAAUCCCCUGCAGUCUUCCACAAUGAGCAUACCUUCUCCAGAGAAGCGUUCCACCUCCAUGUCGCCCACCAACUCAGAUGCAUCCCUGGACUUUGAAGACUCCGGGAUCAAGUCCCCCAGCAUUCGCAGCUUUAACAUUUGUCCCCGAGGCUGGAACGGAAGCCUGAGGCUGAAGCGAGGCAGCCUGCCUGCCGAAGCCCCCUGUACUUAAAUACAGGAAAAUAGGAGAGAACUACUGAAAAAUGGAUAAGCCUUUUGCCAAAAUGUGUAUGCAGGCUUGCGAGCGACUAAUCCUGCCCACUCACUUAAGCAUCGGAAGAAAGGAGUUGGCUGUGCAAAGAGGCAACUGCUUCUCCUCAAACCUGCCACUUGCUGUAAGAGAAUGAGGUAGAACAUUUGUGGAAAAGACUUCUUGGGCCUCAGAGGUGUCCUCUGUAGAAAGAAAUGUGGCUGCAGUUCCGCUUUGAUCCCAACAUUCUAUAUUUCUACAGGAAGUCUAUUUGUACCUCCCAUAUCACUGCAUUUGCUUAUGUAUUUGGCUUUCACAAGCUUUGAUUUAUCUGUCUUCACUGGACUGGAGCUACCAGGAGAUUAAUGAGACUUUGACUGCUCUUAUUCUCAUUCUGAAAUAUCCUUGCAAGGAGGACAAUCACACACACACACAUAUAGUCUCCCUCUCCCCCCCACACACGCACACACACAAUUAGUAACACAAUCCCCAGCAGAUUGUCAGUGGAAGACCGGCCUUCUGCCUGCCUCAUGUUACAGUCAUUGUUUUUCCUCUGCUCUGAUGAGGCCAUGAAUCAAGUUUCCCUCCACUCCAGUUGUCUGAGAGAAUCGGCAGAAAGUGGGGAACGGAGGGCAAGAAGACCACCCAACAGUUAUCCCUGGGUGAUUUAGUGUUUCCUAUAAAUAUGAGGCUUGACUUUUUUAUGUAUCCUUUAAACUCAGAGAAGAAGCCUUCACAAUAUACUGCUCUCUGGACUGCUGAAGGUGAGACACCCUAGGAAACUGUAUGAUGAAGAGAGAACUGGAGUUGCUGUUUAUAUAAUCUUAUACUGUAAAUAUGUAGUGACAGAACGGGAUACAUCGCUGGUAUACCAAUGGAAUGGCUGAGGUUUUUUAGCCAUACUCAGCCCAGGUUCUGGAGGGGUGUGGGAAGCACGCACACACACAUGCACAAACACACAUACACUCACACAGACAAGGAGCACACCCUUUUUCCUGGAAAUGCUGUCAAACAUUCACCAGUUAGGAACUGUGCUGGCAACAGUUGACCAUACUUAUUUCCCAUAGAUGAACAGAGUCCAUUAACUCACAAUGAUGGAGGUAUCCCCACCACUGGCACACUCUGCACAGUACAGUCCCCAAACAUCCCUACAGGCAGUGGUUCUAAUCCGGCCUUUACAGACAGCCUAUUCAGGAGGAGCACCGCAUGGAGCACAGCCUGACUGCUGCAUGGCCUACCAGUCAAGCCCCCCUUCUCCUGGUCAUGCAUGUCUCAUUUACAGGCAGGAUGCUAUAUUGCCCAAUGGACACAGCAAAGCUGCAGCCUCUGUUGCUCAGGAUCUGAGAUGGAGGUGAUCUUGACAAGGCAGGUCUCUUGGGAGCAUGAGGUUGCGUGUGCAACCAUGAGGUUGCGUCAAACUCCGUGUGUGGCGACACGUAUUCAGCCCCAUGCAUUGGAGCAUUGAUCCUGCAUCAUCUGCUUGACCAGCUCUGGCAGCAGCUGGAGUGCAGGGCCUGUCUUUUGGUAACUGAAAAUUCAUCUGAGUGUGAGGAGGGAGAAAAGCACGAG